UUGGUGGCCAUCGUUGGCGCUGCCUCCAGGGUCUCGACGUUUCCAUAGAAACGUCUACACCGACAACACACGCGUGCCGAUUCACCCCUCGAUACCCUGACCCUGGGUUUCCGCAUCCCCUGGUGCGAUACCCCAAUAUUUUACACGAGCAUUCUUUCUUUUUGCGAGCGUUUGUUGCUAGUUCCUGGUACCGCUCGUUUUGUGCACGUUGCACGUUUGGCCUGAACAUCUCACAAGAUGUCGGAGCCACCCUCAGUCUCGCUCUCGUUUGCGAACAACUUCUGGGGAAAAGAUGACGCCGGAGUGGGGCCUAUGCUGGACCGGAUGCAUUAUGCUAAAGUUACGAAUGACGAAUUGAAAUCUUUUUAUGCGCAAAGAGGGGCUAUCGAAGAGGAGUACGCGCGAAAACUCCUAAAUCUCUCACGCAAACCUCUCGGGUCCACAGAAACCGGAACGCUAAAAUUAUCGUGCGAUGUCCUCCGAGCCGAAGUCGAGUCCAUGGGCAAGUCCCACCAGAACGUCGCCCAGCAGAUGAAGACAGAAUUGGAGGAGCCAUUGGCCGCAUUCGCUGGAGGGAUGAAGGAGCGGCGAAAGAUUGUGCAGAACGGCAUCGAAAAGGUUAUCAAGCUCAAGAUGCAGCAGACGGGGACGGUCAACAAGGCGCGCGACCGGUACGAGCAGGACUGUCUGAAGAUCAAGGGCUUCCUCGCACAGGCGCACAUGGUCAUGGGACAUGAGGAACGGAAGAACAAGGCGAAGCUGGAGAAGACACAGAUCAACCUUACGACCACGAGUAGCGAAUACGAGGCAGCAGUCAAGAUUCUCGAAGAGACAACAGUCAGGUGGAAUAGGGAUUGGAAAGCUGCCUGCGAUAAAUUCCAGGAUCUCGAGGAAGAGCGCAUCGACUACACCAAGAGCAGUCUCUGGAAUUAUGCCAACAUUGCCUCGACAGUGUGUGUGAGCGACGAUGCCUCUUGCGAAAAGAUGCGCCUAUCGCUCGAGGACUGCGACGUGGAGAAGGACAUCAGCAGUUUCAUCAAGGACAGCGGGACUGGCCAAGAGAUACCUGACGCGCCCAAGUUUAUCAACUUCUGUCGUGGGGACGCCGAAACAUCUUCAGUAGUAUCCGACGACGACAACUACUGUGUAGCACAGUUCGCUAGGACUAUGAAUCCAGCGUAUCGUGCUUCAUCACCUCCCAUCUCAGUCUUCGAAUCGCACCACGACCCGAAUAACCCUCUAGCAAGAGAGUUGGGACUGCAGCAGGAUACCCAACCCAUUGUGCGGGAUGAAACCAGUAAGCGUGCGCGAAAGUCGAUAGACCAGAAACGACCACCUCCAGAGAUGCAGCGACACUACACAGAAUCGCCUCGACACUUCAUGGAGUCGCCUCAGCCGCCUAUGGAGUCGCUGCGAAGACAACACACGGAGCCAGUGCAACAAUUCGCAGAGCAUCCACGACGGUAUGCAGAGUCGCCACAGCAGUAUGUGGAGCCUCAAAGACAGUACAAAGAGCCACCGCAACAGUACGUAGAGGCUCCAAGGCAAUAUCAAGAGCCACCACAGCAAUACCAGGAUCCUCCACAGCAGUAUGUAGAGCCUCCACGACAGUACACAGAGCCUCCAAGACAGUAUGCAGAACCGCCACAACAGUAUGCGGAACCGAUGCGGAGACAACCUACAGAGCAACUACGACAGCACAUAGAGGCACCGCAAUACCCACCAGAGCCUUCACGCCAGUCUACAGAGCUGUCACGGCAAUAUACGGAACCGCCACAGCAGUAUGUGGAACCGCCACAGCAAUAUACGGAGCCGCCACAGCAAUACACAGAGCCGCCACAGCAACAAAUCGAGCCAUUGCGAAGACAGCAUACAGAGCCGCCACAACAACAACACAUCGAACCGUUGCGAAGACAACAUACGGAGUCCCCACAUCCAUUCGUAGAGCCUCCGCGUCCGUUUGCCGAGUCACCUCGGCAGUCCGUAGAGCUUCAGCGGCAUCGUCCAGAACCUCCGCGUCCAUUCGUGGAGACGCCUCGACAGUCUGGGGAGCUACAGCGCCACCGACCAGAGCCACCACGUCCGUUUGUGGAGUCCCCUCGACAGUCCUUGGAGCUGCAACGACACCGUCCAGAACCUCCGCGUCCAUUUGUGGAAUCGCCUCGGCAAUCAGUAGAGUUGCAGAGACACCGUCCAGAACCUCCGCAACCAGUGAAACCGGUGCAAGCUCCGCAACCAGUACAGAAAGCACAACCAGCACCAUCACGCCCAGCUUCGCGGGGAGUGCAGCCGGAUCCACGUUUGCUUCAAGCACAGCAGGAAGCAAAUCUCCAACAACAACAAAGCCAAGUCCCGCACAACGACUACCCGUCAGAUGGUAUGACACAGUUCUGCCGGAUUGGGCCACCGUCCGACCGAAGCACUAUCCCAAGCCCUGCAAGACCCGCCAGUGUCGAUUCGUUGAGCGAACACUCAAAUCAUACAUCUUUCUCUAGCAUCGAGCCACCCAGCGGCUCUGCUUCUCCUGGCAAGCCAUUGGCGCCGCAGUCACCGCUACCAGAACCUAGCCCUAUCGAAGAAAGCUCAGUACAGAAGAAGAGGAGCUUUUUCCAAAAUAGCCCGUUCCGGAGAAAGAGCAAGACCGAAAAGGACAUUCCAGUCGUGAAACCGAGCACCCAAAACACUAAGAAAGACAUUCCGGUCGUCCUAAAACCGAGCAAUCGCAACACUUGGGCACCUACUCCACGACAAACCAACAAUGAGAAUAUCAGCCCUACCAGACCGUAUAGCAGGGGUACUCGCCGCACAACCACUCAAGAAGCUCCUCGAACAGCCAGUCCCGAGCCCGUGGAUCCCCGAGCUCAGUUCCAGCUGAAUGUUGGAAACAAUGUGUUUGAUGUGGCCUCGCCGGACGGGAAAAAGCAGGAAGAGCAGGACGAGCCUCAAGAUGAGCUUGACCCUAUUGCUCAGGCUUUGGAAGAACUCAGAGGUGUCACUAAACAGGCCUCUACGCGUGUUACUGCCGACCGAUAUCAUGGUCUCGCCACGCCUAAGCCUCCACCCACACCCGCAGUGGGUUCGUCUUUGGCUGGAAGCGCUCCUACGCCGCUUGCGAAGCUCAAUGUAAGGGCCGCGAAAGAAAGCACACCUCCACCUUCCUACGAACCGCCCUCACCUGCGCAGCUACCGGCAGCACUACGACCGGCACCACAGCGACCGGCACCAAAGCCAUCAGUAUCACAGCGACCAAUAUUACAACGGCCGGUAACAAAACCUUUGGUUGUAAAACCACCAGUUUCGAAGCCGUUAGUACCACAGUCGCCCGUUCUACAGUCGCCUGUUCUACAGUCACCAACACCGCAACCACUCAUGCCGCAGUUGCCAGUGUCACAGCCACGAGUAGCACAGCCUCCUGCACUGCAGCCGCGAGUAACACAACCACCUGCACUACAGCCGCGGGUGACGCAGCCUCCAGCACUACAACCUCGGGUGACACAACCUCCGGCACUGCAGCCCCAGGUUCCACAAUCCCCAGCGCGAGUGACGCAACCUGCAGCGCUGCAGCCUCGCGUUCCACAAUCACCAGCACCACAGCCGCGAGUACCACAACAAACAGUACCACAGUCACCCAUAUCACAGCCGCGAGUGCCACCAUCGCUGAUGCCACAGUCGCCAAUUUCGCAGCCCCGAGUAGCACAAUCAACAGCACCCCAGUCACCAGCGCCACAAUCACCAAUGUCGCAGCCGCGAAUGGUACAACCCCCUGUAUCGAAACCACCAGUGCAACAGCCGCCAGUCUCGAAGCCGCCAGUCUCGAAACCACCUGUGUCGCAGCCGCCAGUAUCGCAGCCAUCGAUGUCUCGUCUAGGAGCUCCAAAACCCGCUCAUACUGCGCGCCAGAUGCAGAAGACGACGCAGAUGUAUGUUAAUCAGACGGCCAAUGUGUUCAAAGGCAACGAUAGUGCUCGGCCUUCAACCCGCGGUAGCACGAGACAGGAGGAGCCUCCGCGAGCGGCGUCUCCUGCACCUCCACGGGCGGCAUCUCCCGCCCCUCCUCGUGCUUUGAGCCCCCGACCGAGUCUGUACACUGCACCAAAACAGGCACCGUCUCGUCCAACAUCCCAACAGAUGCCGUCGCGUACCGCGACGCAGCAGGGUCCAUCCCGCACUGCGACACAGCAGGGCCCGUCCCGCGCCGCACAACAGCAAGCGCCAUCUCCAAGCACAUACCAUCCGGUACAGCAACCUCAAUCGCCUUCAACGUACCGUCCAGCGUCACGGCAACAACAACCAUCACCCGCUCCCGCCCCUACUCCUGCUGCCAACUUCCGGACAGCGACAUCAUCGCCUAACCCUUACGCUGCAUCCAAUGCUGGAAGGCCACGAGCCCAAACCAACGGUUCCACCUCAUCACAGGCGUACGGUACUCCUAUGGGACGCAAUUCCUACUCUUCUGCCCGAGCUCCUUCCCCAAGCGUAAAUAGCACUCCCACGCCUCGAGCUCCUUCCCCUCAGCCUCCUUCGCAACCCACUUUCGCAAGCUCUCGUCCAGCAUCUCGCGCCGCACCUAGCUCCCGAGCUGUAAGUCCUCAGCCUCAGUUCCGCCAGUCGCACGAACGGCCAUCUACCCGGGGAAGUGAACGAUCCAUGAACAUGGCACCCAGCGAGCGCGGCGAGGGCAGCGUUUUUGGUGGUGGAAGCGUGCACGGCGGAAGCAUAUACGGUGGCAGUUCACGUGGCAGACCGCAAAGCGUGUACCAAGGCGCUGGCGGUAGCAGUGCGGCUUCAGUCAGAGCGGAGUCGAGGACAAGGAGCAAGAGUCUUGCCGAGCCAAAGAACUAUAACACCGAUGGAAGGAUCAUAUUGAACUAUUCGCGCGCCAUGUACUCGUACACUGCCCAGAUUCCCGAGGAACUUGGCUUUAUGAAGGGCGAUAUUCUUGCGGUUCUGAGACUGCAGGAUGAUGGGUGGUGGGAGGCCGAGGCUGUUGGCAAGACUGGGAGACCGGGACUGGUUCCCUCGAACUACCUCCAGGCUUGCUAGACUUGUGUAAUGAUGUGGAUAAUGAGAUGGAGCGGACGAUGUCGAUUUCUGCAUCAUGGGUUUGGAUUGGAUUCUUGUUUUCAGCGAUUGCUACAUGCUACAUACCCUCGUUACGAUUGGCAUUAUGGCUUUGUUUUUGUUCGGCGUUGGGUUGAGUAACGAGGUGUUUGGAUCAGCUUGCUUGUGGACGAUUGAUAAGUCGUCAGUGUGUGGACAUUGGGUAAUAAAUUGUAUAUGAAUGUCUUCCCCACUUGUACAUUCAUCAGAUUGCUGUGGU